AUGGUGGCACGAGAAGAUCAUAAUGAAAAUCAACAUGCACCCAUCAUGACUCCAAGCUCGGAUUCUACCCAUCGCGGCCGUCCUCCGAAAAUAAAACCUUUGGCGAUAAUGGAGUACAAUAUUGGAAAAACUGGCAUCGACAGGAGCGACCAGAUGGUGUCAUAUGCAAUAAACAUACGAAAAAUCAUCAAGUGGUAUCGCAAAUUAGCAUUACAUUUACUUUUAGGAACAACGUUCGUAAAUGCACAUAUCGUGUAUCAGAGAGCUACACAAAAAAAAAUAGAGAUAAGAAAAUUCCGGGAACUUUUAAUCACAGAAUGGUUGUCCUCGGAAAAUACUAUGCCCGACACUAAUAGACACAAAAGGAGGAAAGUGUCUCACCACUUGGAGAUUCGUAAGAAUCAGCAGAACAAGCCUGUAAGAAGGAUGUGCGUCCUGUUUUACCAACAGAAGAGGCAAACUGUCGAACGCCAACAAGCGAGGAAAAACGUUAAAAAAACGACAACGUAUUGUUUGAAUUGCCCAAAAUCGCCACAGAUGUGCUUGGACUGUUUCGAUGAAUAUCAUGCGACGUAG